GCGCGGGGGCUGCUCUUGCUACUAGCUUUACAUCAAACUCCCCCAACUUUCCGCAGCGUGUAGACACAGAGCCAGGGACAGACCACGCCUGGAGAUGCCCCAACCCUAGAGCAGGGGGGACCUGAUGCUGAUGCGGAGAAGUUUCUGCGAGCGAGUUACUGCCAAGGAUUCGUCACAUGAUAGACAAGCAACUGACUCUCCCGGCUGGGAUCAGAAGGAGCCUCUCCUGGGAAGCGUGGGGGGGAGAGAGAGAGAGAGAGGGUGAGAGUGGAGGCUCGGAAUCUCACUCCACCUUGGAGCAAGGGAAGGGGGGAAUGGAGACUCAGGACAACAGGAUCAGCGUGUGGGUCUGCCAGGAGGAGAAGCUGAUCUCGGGGCUGUCCAGACGCACCACUUGCGCCGAUGUGAUCGCUGCCUUGUUGGAGGAAGCGGGUCUGAGCCAGUUACUGUCCGGAGCCCCCGACACCUACUGCCUGGUGGAGAAGUGGCGAGGCUUCGAGAGGACACUUCCCAACAAGACCAAGAUCCUGAGGCUGUGGACGGCGUGGGGAGAGGAGCAGGACAAGGUGACCUUCGUGCUGGAGAAGACCCGGGCCGCCCUGGGCAGACCAGGAGCCCGCAGCGCCCAAGCCAAGGUGGUGCCCAGCAAGGACAACCCGUGCCAGCUGCGGGGAGCGGCCGGGGCCGCUCUGACCAUGUCCCGGGACAAGCAGAGGAGAGUGGUACGCAAAGCCUUCAGGAAGCUGGCCAAGAUGAACCGUUCCAAGCGGCGGGAGAGCGGGGCGAAGGAGAAGAGGUGCCGGGAGAGGAUGGAGACCCUGGUUCACCUUGUCCUGUCCCAGGACCACACCAUCCGGCAGCAGUUGGAGCGGAUCCGGGAGCUGGACCGGGACAUUGACCUGUGCGAGGCGAGGAUCCACCUGGACAGGAUGAGGAAGCACGGGGCCAACUACGUGCAGGACACUUACCUGGACGGGGGGUCCGCGCCGUCCCGGGACGGGGGCGAGGCGGAGGGGGAGGCGGACGAGGCGGCGGCGGAGGAGGGGGAGCCGGGGCAGGGGGACGGGGCGGAGCUGGAGCCGGACACCCUGCGGGACCAGCUGCGGACCAGCCUGCGCAUCGGGCUGCGGCUGAGCAGCGAGCUGGAGGCGUGCGGUCGGGAGCUGGAGCGCUGCCGGAGCCUCAAGCAGGGGAAGCGGGACGAGCUGCAGCGGCUCCUGGGGGAGCUGCGGGAGUCGCCCCGGGCGGUCAGUCCCCAGACCCCCGCCCAGACCCCCGCCGGCUGCCUGGCCGCUGACGAGGACUCGGACACCGGGCUCAGUUCCAUGAACAGCCAGGACUCAGACGUCGCCCCCGUCUCCGUCUCCGAGUCCCUGGUCUAGAUCCCGCGGCGUGGGGGCUUCAGGUCAACAGGGGCGACCCCAGGCUCCUGCUCCCUGCUGCUCGUUGGGCAGGAGACAGACCAUCGGCGGUCUCUCCGGUCUACACUUGUUGGAACAUAACCAGAACAUGCUGCAAACUCUCAGCAGGUCGCGCAGCGUGUGGAGAGAGAGAGAGAAAGAAUUUAUUCCAGGUUUAAAAUUCUCAGCAAGAUGGGCAGCAUCUGUAGAGAGAGAAGCAGAGUUAAUGUUUCAGAUUUAAACACCUUUUCCCAGGGUUGGGGAAUCAUGAACUAGAGGGCAUGGGUUUUAGGUGAGAGGGGAGAGAUUUAAUAGGAACUCCAGGGGCAAACUUUUCACCCAGCAGGUGGUCAGUACAUGGAAUGAGCUGCUAGGGGAAGUGGUCGAGGCAGGUACAUAGGACAAGACAGCACAGGAACAGGCCCUUCAGCCCACGAUGUUGUGCUGAACUAACUAAACCAGUAAUCAAAUGCCGAGCUAAACUAAUCCCUUCUGCCUACCCAAUGUCCAUAUCCCUCCCUUCUCUGCAUCUGCCUGUCUAACAUCCUUUGAAACCCCUCUUAUUGUAUCUGCCUCCAACCCCAACCCUGGCAACAUGUUCCAGGCACCUACCACCAUCUGUGUGAAAAACUUGCCCCGCACAAUAACAGCAUUUAAAAGGCACUUGGACAGCCACAUGGAUAGGAGAGGUUCAGAGGGAUAUGGGCCAAAUGCAGGCAAAUGGAACGACCCUAGAGGGGUGUCUUGGUCAGCAUGGAUGAGUUGGGCUGAAGGGCCUGUUUCCUUGCUGUAUGACUCUAUGGCUCAGCAGGUCAGGCGGCGUCUGUGGAGAAGGAGACAGAGUCAAGGUGGGAGGUCCUUGCCAGAGCUUCUCAUCACUGAAGCAAAUGUGAGGGAGCAAGACGAACCAGGGGGAUGGAUUGGGGAUUCUUCAGGAGCAGUGGUCAAGGUAGCUUGUGGGAGUCUGUGGGCUUGUUGGGGAUGUUUGCGGCUAGACUGAGAGGGAGGUGGAGAGAUGCAGGCGGGGCAGGGAAGAGGCAGAGAUGGGCAUUGAUGUGGAGAGCAGAGUGGGAAAUGGUAGCCAAGGGGAUGAAGCUGUUGAGUUCUGUGGCAGUACAGGAAGCAGCACCAAUACAGCCAUGCAUGUACUGCACCAGGACGUACAUGAUGAGAUAUCUUGGACUCUUGUCUUUCGCUCUGUCUCCACAGAUGCUGCCUGACCCUGUGAGUGUUUUAAACCUGAAGCAUUAGCUCUGACACUAUCUCCUCUCACACGCUGCCUGGCUGGCUGAGUGUUUCCAACACUUUCUGUUUUUAUUGCUGUUUAUGGCAGUGCAGGUGUUUCAGACAGAGAGGUGUUUGGGGUUCGGUUUAACCCUGCUCAUUACCCCCCCCCCCCGGUGUUUCCCCCAUCCCCCCCCCAGGUCCCUAUCUCGUGUCAGAAGGUUGUGGGUUUGAAACCCACUCCCAGGACUGGAUCAUUAAACACCAGGCAAAGACGUGCCUGUGCAGUGCUGAAAGGGGCAGCAGUGUCAAAGGCGCCAUCACCCCACUGUGAUGUGAAACUAUGGCCCAUCUGCCCUUACCCUGUGGCCAGAACAUUGUUUGGGAAGGAAGCCGGCAAUUCCUAAUUAACGGUUAUCCCGCAGUCAACACCUGGCCACGAUCCCAAUUGUCGGUGAGAUCUUGCCAUGCUUACAUCAGCUGCCGUGUUUCCUAUAACUACCCUUCAAAAGUUUCUCGAUGGGCACAGAGCCUUGGGCUGUCCGGAGGUCAGGAAAGGUUCCACCAAAAAGCAAGUUCCUAUGUCCUGGGAUUCCACCAGAAUGGGGAAAUUGUUCCCAGUCGUUCUUUGUUACAACGUCUAUCAGACAUUGUUAGGGCCACUGUUUUAGACCCCCAGCACUGUCUGGAGAAAUAAUUUUUCCUCCUCUCCCAUCUAAUCCUUCUACAGAUGACUUUAAAUCUCUAACCCCUGCUCUGCAAAUGGAGGUUGCCCCUUCCCAUUUACUCUAUCUGGGCCUCUUCAUUAUUUUAUACACCCCAAUUAAAUCUCUCCUCAGCCUCUUCCAUUCCAAGGAAAGCAUCCCCAACCUAUCCAAUCUUUCACCAUAAUUUUCCAGCCCAGACAAUGUUCUUGUCAGUCUCCUCUGCACUGCCUCCAGUGUUGUCUGGAGAUCUGGUGUGACCUCCCUGCUCUUACAGUCAAUGCCUCAGCUAAUAAGGGAAACCAGCCUGUGUGUGUGUGUGUGUGUGUGUGUGUUUGUGUGUGUGUGUGUGUGUGUGUGUGUGUGUGUGUGCGCGUGCGCGUGUGUGUGUGCGCGCACUUAACCACUUUAUACCUACCUGUCCAACAUCCAAUGAUUUGUUCUGUCAUCUUUAAGCAUCUGUGGAUGUAUUGUCAAAGAUCUCUCUGUCCCUCCACACCACUCUAUAUCCUCCCAUCUAGUGUACAUUUCCCUGCCUAGUUACAGCUCCUCAAAUCCAUCAGCUCACGGCUUCUCUGGAUUAAACUCCAUUUGCCACUUCCCUGCCCAAUUAACCAGGUCACCAAUAUCUCCCUCCUUCUCCUCACACCUGCACAGCCAAUGUUUGUAUCUUCCACAAUUUUUUUUAUCAUGCUUCUUGCAUUUAGGUCUAAAUCAUUACAAACAGCAAGUGACUGAGUACCAUCGAACCAAACUGUUAAAGUCCUUUAACCCCCAUCAGCUAUCAGUACCCUUUGCUUCCUGCCACUGGGACAGUUUUCGAUCUAAUUGGUCCCUCUGUAUUUGGCUUUUGUGUUUUUGACCAUCCUAUCACGUGGUACCUUGUCAAAAGCCUUGAUAAAAUCCAUGGACUACACCAAUAUCACAGCCCUCAUCAACACUCUAUUUCAUUUCCUCAAGGAAUAUGAUCAAGUUAGUCGGACAGAACCUCAACAAAUCCAUGCUGACUGUCCCUGAUUAACGCCUGCCUUUCCAAUGAAGAGUUAUACUGUCCUAAUAAUUUUCCUUGCAUCAAAGGCCUGUAAUUACAGGCGACCCCUGUGUUAUGGGGAAUUGUGUUCCUAAAAAAUGGUCCAUGUCAUGAUUUUCCAUAACAUAAAGUUGCGUCAAGAAAUGUGAGUUGAAAAGAAAAUAAAUUUUGUGCUGAUUUAUUUACGUUUUUCACACAAAUUCUGUGAGAGUGAGUUUUAUUCCAUAUCUCAAGUUUUUGGGUAGAACAUAGAACAUAGAACAGUACAGCACAGGAACAGG